UGUCAUUUGAUUUUCAAUAUAAUCUCUUUGUUUUAUGAGUACACCAAUUAUUUAAUCUUACAUGUUUUCCUAUUUCCUAAUACAAUAACUACAAAAAACCGAAACGAUUUUAUUUCAAACGACAUUUCUUAAUGUACAAUCUGGCCUUAAAUUCGUGAGGGAUGAUGAACGUUUUCAAAUCUAUGUUCGGCGUCUGCAGUGGCUCCGCUGAGAAAGGAGAAGUCCACGAUACCAUCAAACGGGUGUUCGGAAACGAUAUGGUCUUGAAGGAUAAUGGGGAUCGUCAGUCGCAGAGAAGUAAAUACAUUAAUCAUGUACGUGAAGCCCUGCCUAAGAUGUUGGAAGCGAAAUCAACACAAAAGCCGAAGUCUUCGAAGAAACACGUCCCAAUCGUGAUUGACGCCAGCGAAACCACAGACGACAGAAUUGGUCGCAUCGGACCGAAGCUGGUUGUUUUUGAUGCGUCUACAGGGACAGGUCGCUUAGUCCUGGUCGGGGACGAGAGAGUUAGCGUUCAGGGGAUGUCAAGCUUCGCAACGAUCAGGGCGACCGCCUGCGUGUACUCUGCCAAGUGGAUGUAUGAAGUGCAACUAGGGACCAAAGGAAUAAUGCAAAUUGGCUGGUGCACCUCAUCCUGCAUGUUCUCCAUGGACACAGGAGUUGGAGACACAGCUCAUUCGUACGCGUACGACGGGAGCAGAGUCAGAAAAUGGAAUGUCGCGACGUCCGCUUACGGUCAACCGUGGUUAUCCGGUGACGUCAUAGGGGCGUGUAUAGACUUGGAUAGAGGUCUUAUGGAGUAUUACAGGAACGGUGUGUCGCUGGGCGUGGCCUUCGACAAGGUGACCCACGGAUCCGGCCUCGCUUAUUUCCCGGCCGUCUCCUUAGCUAUGCAGGAACAUUUGUACGCCAAUUUCGGACACGUUCCGUUCGUGUUUCCCGUGGAAGGUUUUGCGCCCAUACAAGCACCACCGACGCGUGAAUGCAUGAAAUUUGCAUUACUAUUCAAAUCCUUGGACGCGUUAGUGGAUGAACUAUCGCGGCCUUCGGAUUUGAAGUCUGGCGUUACGGCUAAGACUAGCAAGGUGAAAUCUGAAACUUCAAGGGUCCAAGAAGAAGAAGUAGCUUUACGGAUUCACAGUUCGCAGUCAGCGUACAGUCCUCGACCGUCGCCCCAUUGUAUUGUAGACGCACAAAGCUCGGAAUUCAAGAAGAUGUCCAAAAGGGCAUUCCUCAUGUCUCUCGCACGGAUCGUGGUAUUGGAACUGGGUACGGUGCUCCGACUGUCAUACGUCGUUGUGGCAGAAUUGCUUCCUAGACUGCGUGGCGCUUUAGGCUUCAGAAGCAGAAGCAUUCAAGUUGACCACCAAGCUGCCGAAUACUAUGCUUCAUGUAGGGAUGACGGAUUUAUUGGAUUAUCAUCGAAAUUACUGUCACAGCCACAGCCUCGCCUCUGUUUGUUGUUGGAUUUGCUGUGGACGUUUCUAGAUGAAUCGGCGCUAUGCGACGCUUUUGAACACUGCGUCGUUCGGGAAUGUCUACUUUAUGAGCUGGUCUCGCCUGAUAUCUACUUUAACCAACAAACGGAAGGGGUGUACUCUCUCUGCGGUUUGAUGCAGCAUACGGAAACCAGACACCACCUUAUCAAAUACGUGUUCUUCAACAAAAUAACUUUCGAUAACUUCCUGAACAUCAAAUGUCCAGAUGACAACGUCCUCCGUUCCAUCGUAAGGAAGCCGUGGUGGCAAAGACCUACUUCCGUGCAAGGGGAAACUGAUCCUCGUGUUGUCGAGGUCGCAGAGAAAGGGAUGAUCGAAUAUUCUCCGUUUGCGCCAACCUGCUCUGAAAAAAUAUCUAAAUUCCUGUCGACAUCUCGAGAUGACUCCAGAAUAGAAGCUCAGUACAAAGAAGAUUGUGAUAAGAUUACAAAAGCUGUUGCACCUUUAGAACAAUUACAGUUGGAGUUCUUGCUGAUGCUUUUGGACAACACCGACGGAACGAACAUGGUGCCUUCCACAAGGAAGAUAUUCGUCGAGAAAUUUAGGAGAUACGUACUGGACAACUGCAUAUUGGAUAUGAGACUCUUCAGUAUAUCGCGGAACUCUCCGUCUAUAUCAUGGUGCUGUCACGCCAGGCUCUUGACUGCCAUAUUUAAAUUGUGGAACGAACAUCCCAUUGGGAAUCCUCAUUUACCCCCACACCUUCCUGCGCGGACUUUUAUUGAUGGCGAACUAGACUUCUAUAAUGUUGACCGUUUGGGCGGAGUCCUGCCGUUCCUUGUCAGGACUCUUAGACAGGAUCUGAUCAACAUCUUGGGAGAGGAGAAUCCUUUUGUUCAGAGCUUCGAACCUCACUACAACAGGGCCGGAGGUGUCGAUACAGGUGUCAGCGAUAUGACGGCCGGGUCACCAGGACUCGCCACUUUGCCACAAGUGAUCUCCUCCAUGGCAAGGUUUUUGCAUCAACCAAUGCCGCUUUUACCGAACAGCAUACCAAUAGGUGAGACAGCACUAGCAAUGAAGGGUACUAGGUCAAUGAUGCCGGGUGCCGGCCCCAUUGACCCCAGCACCGCCCUUUCGCGUUUAAUGGACGGUCUACUGGCGAUGUACCAUGGUGCUGCCAUCAAGCACGCUGAGAAGUUAUGCGAACUUAGGGAUAGCCAGCUGGACAUGGCCGAUUGUCUGCACGAUAUUGAGCAACGAAUCUGGACGGUGUCCAAUGAACUUUGUCGGAAAGGUAAUGAUAGCCUAUCAGAGGAUGAGAAAAUCAAGAAGCUAUUCAUGGAGAAAAUUUUGAAAGAAUUGGAAAGAUCUAAAAGUGUUUACGAGGAAAAGUUAGAAGCAAGUGCUUUACAAAUGGCGUGGGUGAUUGGAGCUGUGUGGACUAAGCAAAGACAGUUGGAAUUGUCGAGACACUUUGCUGGGACACUGCAUUCGCUCAGGGUGGCUUCCGAUCCAGAUUACGCGGCUCAUGUACAGGUAGCAAGUAAAGAAAUACUUCCAGGCAAGAGUUCUAUCCUCGGAGGCGCUAGUUAUGAUUCAUUGCAACUGGAAUACAGCUCUAGCUCGGACAUGAGUCCACAGAGUCCAACCUCCAGAACAGCAACUCCUCGUUUAAGCUCCAACAUUCAAAUGGGCCCAUCGAGUCAAGAAUCUCCAGAAUUCUCGGAGCCUCUCUUCGCCUUCGUUCCGGAGUACCACGUAGACGCAAUGCUUGAACUGUGCAAUACUUUACGUCUGUACAUGCAUCCGACGGUUCCCGUGCAGCAGAUACCUGAUUGGGAAACACAGGUCGUAUCGUGCGCUGCGUUCCUAUGUACCGAGUUUGCGGAUUCGAGAAUUGUGUUGGCCAGCACCAGAGAGUCCUUAGUCCAGACUUUAGCGUCGUUCGCGACACAGCCAGCUACAAUGAGGGCGAUAGAACGAGUUCCUUUCAAACAACAAAUGCGUAUGAUAGAGGAGUUGCUCCGUCCAUACCAGAACAGGGCAUGGGCGCAGUCCAACUGGGUCCUGGUCAGAUUCUGGCACGGCACUGGCUUCGGGUUCAAACAUCGACAAUGGCCGCAUUUAGCUGCUAAGUACGGCGAUAGAGAGCCUACAGUUAAUAAUUUGGGCGCGAAAGUUGAUGCCGGUCUGAUGAGCCAAUGUUUCGGUCCAUGUCCGUCCGAGGUCAUACAAGGUAGGAUCAGGCAAUAUCUAUUAUCGAAUCCUCCUGAAGCGGCAGCCUUCCUGAAUUCGCUGCUAAGUCAAUUGAAUUGGGCGUUUUCCGAAUUCAUUACCAUGAUGCAAGAGAUGGAUAGAGUUACCGUGGAUGCUCAGCUGGAACCGCGUCAAAUAAAGCUGUGUGCGACCUGCUUCGAUCUGUACCACGGACUGGCUCGAGCGCUGGAGAUGACGUUACGUCUGGCGCCCGUCCUUACGACGAAGUCUGAGGCUUGCGACAACCAGAACGAACUGCUCCUCGGUCGGACCUGUCAGAUUCUGAUGGCCGUGGUGUCUCGAGUGUGUAUUCGUGGAGGCGGGGGGGCCAGCUUCGCGCGUCUUAUAGCGCGCGGUCUCCCUGACACCGACAGGGUCCAUUAUUACGUAGCCUUGGCUCCCGUUGCGGGAUGUCUCUUAGGGCUACUAGAGCCGAAAUUACCACCGGAGCACUUAGAUAAAGUGACGAAAGCGCUGAUAAUGGAACCGUUGUUCCGCAUUGACGGUCUAGACUUCAUGCUGGGAAAAACCAAGGACAAGAGCUUCUCCUUUUACCGAUAUCCGGAAGACGUGGCAGCGUCAGACUUGAAAGCGUUGGAGGUAGCGGUAGACCGUCUGCGAGUGGCACGCGAUAUAGUAACGAGGGCGCGGUCCCCGGGCUCCAGUGGGGCGCAGUCCGACUUGCUCUGCACCAUAUGCUACGCGAGACCCGCCGACACAGCCUUCGUGCCGUGCGGACAUCAUUCUUGCAGAGCCUGCGUAAUGCAGCAUCUGCUCAACAGCAAACAAUGUUUCUUCUGCAAAGCGGAAAUCGAUACAGUCCAAGAAAUCGAGCCGGCUAACAAUUAAUUACACACUUUUGCACUGUGGAUGCGUCUUCAAGAGUUCUGUUAAUAAAGGAAUAUGAUACUUUACAA